GUGGCGGGUGUUAAUUUGUCAUAUAUAGAAAGUAGUGAAAUUAUUGUUUUUUUUUUAAGUUGAAGGAAAGAACAGAGUAGGGCAGCAAGUCAAGAAGCAGAAGAAAUGUCAGAAUUGGUGGCUCGUACUGGUCGCCAUCUGCAACGUUACAAGGACGGUUGCCGUCUUGUUGCUGGGUGUAUUCCUUUUAAGAUUAGUAAAAAUAGUGAUGGAACGUUGGAUAAUGAUGUUGUGGAGCUACUCAUGAUCAAUUCAACUAGUGGACGUGGUCUUCUCUUCCCUAAGGGUGGCUGGGAAAAUGAUGAGACAGUUGAGGAGGCAGCAAAACGUGAAGCUUUAGAAGAGGCUGGAGUUCGAGGCAAUUUAGUGCAUUUUCUGGGGGACUACAUUUUUAAGAGCAAAACCCUGCAAGAUGAGUUUUGUCCAGAUGGUUUGUGCAAAGCUGCCAUGUUUGCCUUGCUUGUGACUGAGGAACUUGAGUCUUGGCCAGAACAGAACACUCGUCAGAGAAGUUGGCUAACAGUCCCUAAAGCAAAGGAGUGUUGCCAGUAUCCAUGGAUGCAAGAGUCACUUGAAGGUUUCUCAAAGUGGCAUGCUGAUCAAGUAUUAAGCAAUUCAAAGGAAGAGAAUCCUCUAAUUUUGCCUGAUUCAACCCCAACCCCAGUUCAGAAUUGAGAAAGAGACCACCUUUGUGAAGUUGAUUUUGGUGCUUUUUCUCCUUCAAAGUUAGGUAUAGGCAGUUAAUAGGCCCUUUUUUGAGGCAAUGGCGAAGUAUAGCAUUCUAAAUUUAUAAUGGUUUCAAAUUUCUGGCUUCCUGCUUGCUGAUACUCUAAAUUUAGAGGCUGGACUCUAGGUACUUUUACAGUUUUACUAGAGAGGUCCAUUGUCAAAAUCUGCAUCAAAAAGUGAUGAUGAAUAUAUGUAAACUGUAAUAUAUUUAUUUUUUCGC